GAUAAGACAACAAAUAACAUGUGUGAAACCAAAUGCACCAGUUGAACUCCAGGCGGGUCAAACAGCAUGCCGGAUUAGGAGAUGCACUUCUGACGUUCCACUCCAUCUCCCUGGUUAUGUGAAUGGAGGCCUCAGAGAACACGCUCGGCUGGGAUGAGGAGUGGAACCUCUCGUUCGCAGGUUGUGGCUUCAGGAGUGUUUACCACCUGGGAGCCUCCAGCUGUAUCCUGGAGCGGGUACCCUGGCUUAUUCAUGGUGCUUCCAAAAUCUGUGGAGCUUCGUCUGGUUGCCUCGUCGCCGUAGCUCUGACUGUUGGGAUUCCAAUUGAACAAUUCUGUGUCCAUGUGAUGUCGAUGGCGAAAGAGGCCAGACAACAAACACUGGGCGUUUUCCACCCGACCUUCAGUCUGCUGCGGAGGGUGCAGGAGUCCCUGAUGGAGAAGCUCCCAGAGGACGCUCACCGUCGGGCCUCGGGGAAGCUCUGCGUGUCCCUCACCCGACUGGCUGAUGGGAAGAACGUUUUGGUGUCAGAAUUCGAGAGCAGAGAAGAACUCAUUCAGGUUCUCAUGUGCAGCUGCUUUUUCCCUGUUUACUGUGGUUUCACUCCACCUUCAUACCGUGGAGUGUACUACAUGGACGGAGCCCUGAGCAACAACAUGCCCCUGUUCGAGAACAGAAACACCAUCACCGUGGCCCCGUUCUCUGGCGAGAGCGACAUCUGCCCCAGGGAGGGAACUUUCAACUUCUUCGAUGUGCACUACGGCAACGUCAGCAUCCAGAUCAACACUGGCAACGUGCACCGCAUCUGUACAUCCUUCCUACCUCCAAGACUAGAGAAACUGGCAGAGAUCUGUCACAACGGCUACAUGGAUGCUCUUCGUUUCUUGAGAGAAAAAGAUCUGCUCGGGACACAAUGUCUUCCCUGCAGCUUGGUGUCAGACAUCGACACAGUCAAACCUACUUGUUGUGAGUUGUGGAAGAAAUUGGCUCAAGCGGACGAGUCCGAGAAGACUCAGCUGAACGGGUUGAAUCCUGCACCAGAGGAGGAUCACUGGCUUGACCAGAAAGUCAUAGAGAAUCUCCCGGAUGACAUCAAGAAAAGCCUGCGUGAGGUCUGCAGGGAGAGUCCUGGUGGUGUCGGUCCAUGGUCUCAGCUCACAGAGUUCCUUCCGGUCAAGUUGGUUUUGUAUCUGCUGACCUUCCUCAUGCUGCUGAUCGAGCUGAGCCUCUUACUCAUUAAAAGUGUGCUACAGUCAGGCUGUGCAGUCAUUUACAGACUGUUGACGUCGGCUACAGAUUUCUGCACUGAAGGAGACAACAACAACAACAACAACAACAACAGUGCGUCUCGAUGUCGGAACAGGUCCUCAAGCUCAGAUCUGACACCCGACAGGAGCAGACAAAAACAUUAAGCCACAAGUUUACAACAAAUCCCUUCCCUCUGUAAUCCCAACAGUAACCUCAACCUCCUGUCCCUCACCUCCACUUGCACAUGUUUUCUGACCUUCGAACAUCCAAUCUGACUAAAUGUGGCAAGGUGACUUUAAACCACAGAAGUAGAUACUCAUCACCCAUAAACCAGGCAGAAAAAAGCAUUGUCACUUAUUAUUUAUGUAACAUUAAUAGCUAGUUCCUGAUUACCUUGCUUUUGAGUGACCCCCAUUUUAAACAUGGUGAAUCAAUUCAUUCCAGACAUCAUUUCAUAUAUAAUGUUUUGUUACCAGUGAUUUCUGCCAACAUUUCACUGCCAAUGUUUUUUUUAAAGAAAGGUUAAAAAAUAACAUCUCACAAUAUUUUGUAUUAAAACAUUCAUAUAGGAUGAUAUUAGAAGUGUGUUAAGUGGGACACCAUAAUGAAAAAAUUAAAUUAUUAACAACCUAAAAAAAUAAAACUAAGUUCAGUUCUUUAAAUCUAAAGUUAUAAACUGUGUAAAUAAACUUAAUUUUAAUUUGUAAUUUUAACUGAUCUCGUGCUACCAAUUGAAGUAGUUAUUUCAAGUGCGGUCAACUAACGACCAAGAAAUAAUUUUUCUGUAUAUGUAGAUUUUUACAUUGUCUCUACCAUUACUGACAGUAACUCAAUUCAUUUCUCAUUGCUGCUGCCUUCAGCUAUAUCAGAUAUUUUUCUUAUCUACAAAUCCUUUUAACAUUGACACUUUCCACUAUGUUACAAACUGUUUCUCCUAUUCAAUGUUGUAAAUACUGUUUUUUUUUUGUGUUAAGUGUUCAGUUACAUGCACAACUAUAGCACUUCUGUCCAUCCUGAGAGGGGGGAUCCUCACAUGUGGCUCUCCAAGGAUUUUCGGUAGUUUUUUUCUUACUCUUGUUAAGGACAGAGGAUGUUGCACCUUGCUAAGCUCUGAGACAAAUUGUGAUUUGUAAAAAUGGGCCAUACAAAUAAAUUUGUAUUGAUGGUGUAA